CUCAGUUCAGUUUGCGACCGCGACGACGGUGAACAAACAGUCUCAACCACCGCAGGCGUGACGGUUCAAGUUGCCAGUCUAGGAUUGUUGACUCCUGCCUGGUCCUGGGCGGCGCAGGCCAGUCCCAAUUUCGAUUCCGCCCGCCUUCGCUCUGAGAUCUACCUUACCGUGGCCUCUCCCCUCGUCUAUCAUGCGGAAUACCAACUUGAACCGGCGUACUUAGAACAACACAGUCUUGUUACCAGGCGGAGUCAGGGCCUGUUCAAUCCAUCAUGGACCCCUACACCGACCCGAACUCGUUGAUCGCACGAGUUGGUGGGCAGUGGGCAGGAGCAGCGCUACAAAAGGACUUCCAAAAAGAAGUGGCCGAUCUCCUUGGACGCCGAAGCCGGUCAUUCCCAGGCGCGCAGCCGGUGUCGUUUGCAGCGAAACAUGUCGAGGAACUCAAGAGAGAGGACUACUAUGUGUGCGAGAAGACGGAUGGCAUUCGAUAUCUCAUGUACCUCACGGAAGAUGGGGAACGAGAUAUCCACUACCUGAUCGACCGGAAAAACGACUACUACUAUGUCCCUGGUCUGCAUUUCCCGCACCACGAGGAUCCGACUUUCCAUCGCUAUCACACAAACACCAUUCUGGAUGGAGAACUCGUUGAAGACAAAUACCCCGACCGGCCUUCGGAGAUCAAAUUCCUCGUGUUCGAUUGUUUGAUAUUGGACAAAACCAUGCUCAUGCAACGGCCUCUGGACAAACGGCUGGCAUACUUCAAAUCCCAUGUCCUGCAGCCAUACCGGGCCAUGUUCAAGCAGAACCCCGAAAUCAACCGACCUUUUGUCGUCGAGGACAAGGCGACGGAAUUCAGUUAUGCCCUGGAAAAGAUGUUCAAGGACGUCAUCCCGAAAGUGAAACGGCUUCAUGGAAAUGAUGGACUGAUCUUCACAUGUAAGAAUACGCCGUAUAAGACUGGCACGGACGAACAUAUUCUUAAGUGGAAGCCGCCCUCGGAGAACACCGUGGAUUUUCUGUUGCACAUCACUUGGGCCAAAACGGAUCCCGACCCAGAGGACCCUGAUCAGUCGCCCCAGGACGAUUAUUAUGCUUUUCCCGAAUCGUUCGGCUUGUUCAUUUUCUGCGGCAAUGACGGCCAGUAUGCCCCUGUCGGCGAAUUAUAUGUUGAGCCAGCAGAAUGGGAGAACUGGAAGUCGUUGAAUCGGCCACUUCAAAACAGUAUUGUCGAAUGUUUCCAGGAGGAUGUUGUCAAGGAUUUGUCUCAACGUCACGGAUCGAAUGGCUACAGUAAUGGGCUCAACAAUGGUGGUAUCAGCAACAAUGGCAUAAGCAACACUCGACGCUGGAGGUUCCAUCGCUUUCGAGACGACAAGACCGAAGCGAACCAUAUCACUACGUAUCAAAGUGUCAUUGAAUCAAUCAAUGACCACGUCACCGAAGAGGAUCUGUUGGCCCAUGCAGAUGAGAUACGCAAGGCGUGGAAACUGCGAGAUUCGGAGAAUAAGAAAAGAGAGGCGGCCAAGCGAGCUGCCCAAGCUCACCAGAGUGGGCACCCUCAGCCAGGCGCCCCUUGGCCCAAGCAUGGUUGAAAUGACAUAUCUCUCUGUUCUCCGAUGCAGUGAUUCGACGAGACAAUCCUGACCUCUGUAAUGGGAGGCUGCUGGUGACCACAGGAGCAUUUCCAUGACUGGACUGGCCAACACUAAGCGAGGGGCACCCUUGUUUGUCACGAGACGAUGGAAUGGCCAUAACCAGGACAUGACAGUAGGUCAUGAUGAAGAUCAUGGGACGGGCCACAGAAAGAGCGAGUCAUCUCAAACGAGCACACGGUUCUUCCCGGGCAUACAGAGAGAUUGAUUGCGUGAAACAGACCCUACUGAAGAGUGAAUGGCCUGCCACGGUGAAGGAGAUUCAAAACCCACUGGGGCAGGACGGAUUGAUCCCUGGAACCAAGGGGCCAAACUCGCACUCGGCGGACAGCGGGCAGCAGGCAGCAAAGAACAGAGCUAACGGCGUUAGUAACGAGCGAAAAUGACACUGAUGUUUUUGCUUUCGAAUGUUAUGGAUGGCGAGGAGAAGAGGAAAGAAAGGAAGAAUAUUUAUGAUACCCCCCGUGAAGAGACCUGCAGUGUUUACGAAACCCUGGCGUACUAGGUAGUGAAUGCAGAGCAGCAUAGCAUCAGCACCAUUAGUGCAGAAACAAUGUAAUGCUUUUCGUCUGCUUUAUAUUUGCCGUGGCUGGCAGUGUGUGAUUUGGGUUUGUAUCAUAUAUUGCCACCGCCGUCAGUGUUACCUCCACUACCACCACCACCACCAUCAACAGGACCUGGACCCGAGUCUGUACUUGUAUAUGUACUGAUAUCCAUAGCAUCCAUGCCCACCAUCAUCGGGUUGUCCGGCGGAGGAGGAUCCGGAUAGGGAUAGCAAUUCGGCGGCAACGCCAUCCACUGAUCGAGAAGAGCCCAGUCGAAAUCACCGGAGGGACUCAUGGCCCAGUCCAUGUUCCAGUUCAUGUCCGUACCUGGAUCUGCACCAGAACCAACCAUAUCGGCAUCGCUGAUACUGAGGCCUAUACCGGUACCAAUACCUCUGCCGCCGCCAACAGCACUGCCAGCAGCAGUAGUGUUUGAAUUUUCAAGAGUUGAAUUCUGGUUCGAGGCAGAGUCCGGACCUGGGCCUCGAAGUGGAUUGAUGGUGUCAGGGGUAAAAGCGGUAUUCUGGUUCUGGUUCUGAUAUCCCGUAUUACUAGGUGUCUGAGUCGGAGUUGGAGUCGAGACUGGGAAGAAUGACGAGGGUCCAGAUCCAGGUACAGGUACAGAUCCGGAGUGUGUUCCGCCAUCAGACUGCCGCUGCAUUUCGUCCUGCGUUGAAGACGGCGUUGUCCCUGAUUUACUCCCGUUGGCGGGGUCCAAGUUGAAGCGACUCGGCCAGGGAAACAAAGUGGACGGGGUGCCGAACUGCAAUGGCGUCCCUUGC